UAUUGCAUUUGCAUAUCCCCUCUUGUCUCUCACUCUCUCAUUGUUCAUGUCUUGCUUGAGCAUAAGGCUCCCUCCAGCCAAGAAGGCAUGGAAGAGCUUUACUUCCAAACUGCAAACCAGACUACAUAAACUUCACAAAUCCAAAGCUAUCAAAAGACCCAAGAAUAAUCGGUUGCAAACAGCUGUUGCAAAAACUACUAGGCCUUCACUUUUCUUGGGACAACGCCUACAGCGUAAGAAGCGUCGUGCCCUUCCUUUUGGGUACCAACGCUACUACGUCUCAAAAAAUAAAGCUGCUGCGCCUGUUUACAUAGAUAAGCUCUUUAAAGAUGCGCCUGUCACUGAACUUGUGGGCUUUAUUCAUCAACAAUCAUCAGGGAAGGGUGAUGUUCAAAGGGAAAAGAAUGUGAAGCUCCUUGAUCAAGUUGCAGCUGCUGCAGAGGAGGGAACAAGCAAGGAAGGAGAAAAGCAGGGAGAUGAAAAAUCCAGUGUGGGAGAUGAUAUUGCGAAAUCGAUAGGAAUGGCGCCGCUUAUGCUGCAUGGAGUAGAUGCAAGAGCAGAGGAAUUUAUUGCUAGUUUCCGAGCAGAAAUGGAGCGCCAGGAGAUUAUAGCACGUAAUUUAUAGCGCUUGUUAGCGCAACGUUUGGCCCUAGUUUUCUGUUCUUUUUAUUAACUAUUUUCCCUUUUUCGUUGCCUGUACUAUUCAAUUGAUUGUGGAGGAAUAUGAUUUCAAUGGCGUUGAGAAAGUGGGAGGAAAGGGGAAGUUAAAUGAUGUAAAUAAAUUGAUUAGAGAAUGUAAUGAGUUGGGAUGAAGUCAAUUUAAAGCUUGUGGGUUGGUUUAAAUUUUCA